UGUGAUAUUUAUUAUUUUACUUGCUGAAGAGAUUUCCAAACCUCUUCGUCGUUGCUUCCCUUCGCAUCUUCCGAUCCCGGGGGACGAAAUCGCUAGUCCAGCCCGCCAUCAUCGACAAUCUAGGGCUCUUUCCCGAGAACAAUUUGUUUGGAGUCCUUUCUGAUGAAUCUGCAAUUUGGGGCAUUUCGGAUGUUCCUAGGUCAGAGAGGAUGGGGCUUUUGGAUGAUUUAGUGCUGUGAUUUUGAGAUGGAAGAAGUGGAGAAAGCUAACAGAGCUGCAGUGCAGAGCUGCAUCAGAGCCUUGGGUCUCCUUUCUCAACCUAAAGAUCAAGUCCAAUCUGGAGAACUUUUGGUAGAGACUGGUGAAACUGUUUCCAGAUUCAAGAGGUUGGUCUCUUUGCUCAACAACAGUGUUGGCCAUGGCAGAGUUAGGGUUGUUAAAAAAGCCCCACCCAUCUCCAAUCACAAGAUCUUCUCAGACAAUCAUUUUCCUUCCAAAAUGGACCUUGCUUCCAACCCACUCCAACACCUCCCAAGAAAUUCUUUGGAGAACAAAAUCCAAGUAUUGGAUUCAAGUGCUAAGAUCCCACUUCAAAUUUCACAAAGGAGCUUUACCGAGAACCAACUUGGGGCGCAAGCAUCAUCAUCAUCGAGUCAGUACCAAUUCGUUCGGAAUGAUCCAAAGUUCCAAUUUGGUCAUCAGAUGAGCCUUCAGCCUGACAUGUUUAGGAGAAGCCACAGUGCUAUAAACCUCAAGUUUGAGAACUCAAGCUGCACGCCCUAUGUGUCGACUACCAGGUCUUUCUUGUCGUCCGUGAGUAUCGAUGGAAGCGUAGCCAGCUUGGACGGCAAGUCAGCGUUCCGCUUAAUAGGUGGACCGGCAUCGUCUGACACAGCUAACCUCCACCCUCCUCUCAAGAGGAAGUGCAUAUGUAGAGGGGAGGAUGGAAAUGGCAAAUGUGCUUCUACUGGCAGAUGCCAUUGUGCGAAAAAGAGGAAGCUGAGGCAAAAGAGAACCAUUAAGGUACCUGCUAUCAGUAACAAACCGGCUGAUAUCCCUCCCGACGAGUAUUCAUGGAGAAAAUAUGGGCAAAAGCCAAUCAAAGGCUCUCCUCAUCCUAGGGGGUAUUAUAAAUGUAGCAGCAUGAGGGGUUGCCCUGCGAGGAAACAUGUCGAAAGGUGCCUAGAAGACCCUUCCAUGCUCAUUGUCACUUACGAAGGUGAGCAUAACCAUGCCAAGUUGCCGAGCCAGCCCGCGCAAACAUAGAGUUUGUAAAGUUUUUACCUCUUGCAAGCCUGCCUGCUGAUCAUCAUGGAUGCCGCCUUCCUUUCCGGGUGAAUUUUUCAGCUAUCCAAGGUAUGGAGUGUGAGCUUUUGUCAGGUCGAUCGGCGAUCAUCUUUUCCGGCGACAAGGAAAAUAGCAAGCAGAUUUGGAUAGGUUCCAUGUUUAUUUACCUCACUGAUAGUGUUUAAUUUCAAGCAUUCUGUUCUGUGUAUCAUCCAUCGCACGAGGUGAAUCGAACCAAGUUAGUGAGACAAAAACAUGGAUAGGGUUUGGAAUGUUAGCUGAUCAAAGUUGCACUCUCACAUACUGUUGGAAUUCCAUGAACGUUUUUAUGUCGAACCACAAAUUUUUUUAUCAAUACCGAAACUGAAAUUCCUGAAA